CAUCUAUUUUCUUACUACCCUAUGUACCUGGACAAUGUAGUUGACCUAUAAAUGCAUACUGCUUCCGUGUGCACUAAACAGAUAAAAUAUCAAAGUCUGCUCUAUUCUAUUCUCUAUUCUUUAUUAUUCUAGGGCAGGGGUGCUCUAUGAAUUAUUGAGUAGGUCUGUGCUGCACCCUAUACCAAACAAUGUUAAGCUCAUGCAUUGCAAACCAAUUCUAGAUUGGGCCCCAAAUAUCUCUAUCUUUUUACAUACAAAAUUUAAUAUUAAUAUUUAA